AUGGUUCACAAAGUCCUCUUCUGGGGCGGCUUCGGCAUCGCCGUCCGUCUCUGGCAACUCGGUAUCGAAAUGCGUCCCAUCCUAGCCAAGGAGUCCCUCUGGGUGUACCCCCUCUUCGCCGGAGUCGGAGGCAGCUUUGGUUACUGGCUGCAGGGCGUCGAGAACCGUCAAUUGAGAAUUCUUGCACAGCGCCGGGAAGCUAUCCUGGAGAAGCGCCGGAGGAGAGACGAGCGCGAGUCGGUGGGGUUGAGCAAGCCUGAAGAGGCGGGUGUUUUGGCUGCGGCGGCAUAA